UUCACACCCACAAAAAUGUUAACGACAUUCAACAACUCAUUAAAGGAAGGCGCCGGUACUUCGAAAAGAGAGUCUGUCCGGGAACAGCCGGACAAACAAGAAGAAGAGGAGGAAGAAGUUAUUGCCCUUCCUUUAUGGCAGGAUAGCGGUGGACAACCAAUAAAACUGCCGAUGGAGUCAAUUCCUGAAGUUGAGGAAAUUGAGGGCGGCAGUUUUGGAUCACCAAGUUCUUCAUUCAUGUCACAACCUAUACAAAAAACAACAAUUAAUUUAACAUCCCCCUCAAAGAAUUUGGAUGGACAUGUACAGGAAACAAAACAAAAGAGGCUAGAAAUUUAUAGAACAGAGGAGAUUGAUACGCUUGUUAGUACUUUGCCUAAAGAAAAAAUUCCUCCGGAAUGGGAUAAAUUGUCAUCUGAAGAAAUUGUUAAUGAUCCAAAAAUGGCCCAUACCUACAUAACAGAAAUACCUGGUGGACUUCCUCCAACAGCUAGAGGAAAUAAAUAUUCGUAUAUUUAUGAAUCUAAAUUGGAAAAUGAUAACAACGAAAUACAAGAAGAAAAACAACAAAAUAAUUUGUUAAAUAAUUUAAAAAUAAAUAAUGGAAUAAUAAUAGAAAAUGGAAAAACUGAACAAGAAGAGAAACAAGUGGGGGAAGAAAUUUGUACAAAUGAAGAUGGAAUUGAAAGGAGAUGUAAAUCUACACAAAAGAUAACAAGAAUAACAAAAAUAACAACAACACGUUCAGUAAAACAAUUUCCAGUUGAACCAGGAGAUUUGUAUUUUGAUGCUGAUGGAAAUCCAAUACUUAAUGGUUUUGAUGAAGCAAUUUCUUCUCCGUCCCCAGCAGGAGGAGGAAGAGCCUCAGAUUUCAGUAGAUGCUCCCCCUCAGAAGAUGAUUUCAUGCCUUCUAGUUCUGCAGGAACAAUUAUUGCGGAUGAUCAUUCUAUAGGCAUUGAUUUGAUAAAUACUACCAAGAGGUCUUGUGAAAGAGAAGUAUCACCUAAAGGUUUGGAUGAAAUUGAUGGGAAAACGAAAAGAGAAACUCCAAGUGCUCCCGGCAUUCCACAAAUAACAGAAUGUUUUGAAGAAAUAAUUGAAGGAGAAGGAGAUAUUGUUCCUUUAACAAUUUCUUUGUGUUGGUCUUCCCCCGAAUUUGAAGGAACUGCUGGCCAAUUAAUUGGUUAUAGAGUGGAAUUUAGACGUUCAGAGUUGGAAGAAUGGGAACCGGCACAUGAUGAUUUGUUGGGAGAAAAUGAAUGUAAAAUUACCAACUUGGACCCAGAGGAUCAUUACCAAUUUCGAGUUGUUGGGGCUAAUAUGGCUGGAUUUGGAAUUCCGUCUGAAGCAUGUCCAGCAAUUCGUUUACGCCCAGAAAGUACUCAAUUUGGAACUGAAGCUCAAUAUCCACCUCCACCACCUAGUCAACCUCAAAUAAUAAAUGUAGGAACAGACAAUGCAACAAUUGAAUGGAAAAAUAAUGCAAAUAAUUUGACAGAAACAAAUUAUCAAUAUUUGGUACAAUAUAGAGAAAUAAAUACAUUAAAUUGGAUUAAUGCUAUUAACUCACCCAUUAAAGAAAAUAAAUUUAAAGUUGCCAAUUUACGUCCAAAUGGAGAAUAUGAAUUUCGAAUAAUUUGUUUAGACGAAAAUGGCAAAAAUUCAACUAGUCCUUCAUCAGGUUUUAUUCGUAUUCGUCCCCCUGCUCCAAUUCGAAAUGGAAAAAUUUUUUCACAAAAUUUUAAAUCGAAAGAUUUGGCGGCGCCUGAAGCGCCUGGAAAACCAAAGGUUUUUUAA